UUUAGGCUUUUAGAACUCUGUAAAGGCAAUCAUUCAGCACAUAGAAUUCUAUCAGUUAUAUAUUUUAAGUUAUAUAUUUUUAAAUGGAUGAGACAACACCUCUUGUGGACUCCUCACAAAGUGGACAUUUAAUGCAUGAGAAGAAGCCAAAACUUCCAAAAACACAGACAUUAAAGAAAAAGCGCUUUAUAAAGACUUUGCAAAAGAUGAAUGAUCAAGAGGGUCAUCCAGGGAACAAUGCUAAGAAGCGGAAAUUGGAGAGAAAAAAGUCAAAAUGUUUGGUCCAUGAAGCACAAGGAGCAAAGCAUGGAAUGAGGGAAGCGCGGAAGAAGACUAAAGCAACUCAAACGGAAAACAGAAUUGUACUAAAUAAUGCCGUGUUCCGUUAUAUUGAUGCUAUUAUCUACUCAAAGAUGAAGAAGGCCAUGGCACAUCCACCCAUUUACAUUAAGUACGAGGAGCCCCUGGUCCAGUUUGCCAACUACGGCCACGAACCGGUAACCGGACGCCUUUAUGCAUGGGAUGAUGUGGCUGACUUGCCCAAGCCCUUCGAUCCUUAUUGGAUGCUGGUGCUGGGGAAUAUGAGUCCGAACGACGACAAUUCGAUCUUGAGUUUGAGCCUAGCGAGUGGUAUGGAUCUCUCUACCAUAGCCAAUGAAACAGAGCUAUAUCUGGAGCUCAUAGUAAACCAUUCAAGUGGACAUCGGCGAUGCGAUUGGAUAUACGAAAUUCUAAGCUAUUUAAGUUUAUUUGGAAUGAUUUUUGCAGUCCUUGAUCAUUUUCACGACAUGCUCAAUAGGGAGCAGCCUUUAUCGAUUUUGGAAUGGAGUUUUAGCGAAUUGGGUAACUUUUUGCGCACAUAUUUGUAUAUUGAUAUGUACAACAUAAAUUAAUAAAUAUUGUUAUU